UGAAUAGUCAACAUAUCUGUCCUCAUAUAUAUAAGAUAGGCCAAGGUGCCUGACCUGCUAAACAACGUUACACACUUCCUACUGAGGAGAGACAAUCCAACAGUCAGCAUGAACAAGCUGGUCAUUGUCACCGUGCUGAUCACAGUCCUCGCCUUGGGUGUGGAGAGCUUCCGUUUACCCAGAGAGGCUGAGAAUGAGGAAGCUGGACCUGUUACCUUUGUGAUUGACAAACUGAGGAGCUAUUAUGAUUACAGCCUGGACAUUGCCGGUUCAUACGUAGAGACCAUCAAGGAUCUCAAGCUGGAUGAGAAAGCUAAGAAUCUGUAUGAGGAGACAACAGGAGCCGUGCGCACCUAUGCAGGCAUCGUCCAGGAUCAGCUUUACCACAUGAUCUACACCGCGGAGAAUGCUUAAGCCCCUUAUCUCUUAUAACUCCUUUUUUGAACUCUGGUCCUCAGUCAUGUAAAGCUGGAGCCCCUUACCACAAUCUAAAGCAGCUAUAAGGAGCACAACACUCAUCUUCCCCUGGCAUAAAACUAAGAUGUCUACCUUCCUGGAUGGCAUCACACCACAACAAUGCAUACAGCACCUUAGCAAAGGUCACAGCAUGGGCUAAAUAUGCUGUAAACACUAAGCCUACUUAAAAUGAGUACUCAGUCUCAACAGUUACGAUUCGUUCUUUGUGUAUUAGUAGCUCUCAGGUGCACUUCUGUGUUAAAAAAAAAAAUGAAUUCCUCCAGGACCACAGAUGGUAAAGGACCUGUAAUAGCUUCUUGUCCUAUGAACAUUUACUGAUGUCAUGUCAAAAAAUGCAACAUAAUAAAUCAUGCAAUAAAACCAAACAUUUGUAGAAAAUCCAACAGAA